UCGCAUUCUGCAUCGGGAUCGAAGCAACGAUCCGAGAAGACGCGAGAGACGGGUCUGAGGGUUGAUGGUGGCGGCAGCCGCUGUGCCCGCAUCUCCACCGGGUCAUCCGCCGCUUCUGACUCGGAUCAGUUCAGUGACCGAUGGCGGCGGCUGCGCCGAGGAACCCGGCUCCAGUUCCCAUGGCUGCAGAAGUGCUUUUGAAACUUACACAGUCCCUGUCAUGCCAGGCCAGUGUGACCUUUGAAGACGUGGCUGUAUACUUCUCCUGGGAAGAAUGGGAUCUCCUUGAUGAAGCUCAGAAACACCUGUACUUUGAUGUGAUGUUGGAGAACUUUGCACUUACAUCCUCCAUGGGUUGUUGGCGUGAAGUAGAGUACCAGGGGGCACCUUCUGAACAAAGCAUUGCUAUAAAAGGAGUGUCACAGAUCAGGACUCCCAAGGAAAAUUCAUCCUCCCAGAAUGCCUACCCCUGUAAAAUAUGUGGUCUGGUCUUUAGAGAUACUUUGCAUUUGGCUGAGCACCAGGAAACACAUCAUGGGCAGAAACUGUACACAUGUGGAAAACAAUUCUUCACUGCAGACCUUCAACAGCAUAAGAGACAGCAUGUUAGAGAGGUACCCUUCAGAAGUUCUGUGGACAGCGCUUCAUUUAUAAAGAGUUGCACAGUCCGUGUGUUAGGGAAGCCCUUUACCUGCAGGGAGGUUGGAAAGGGGUUCUUGGCCAGCAUGGGAUUUCUCCAUCAGCAGGACAUUCACACAGAGGAGAAGCCAAAUAGCAGUAACAAAUGUGGGAUGGUCUUUCACAGUGGAGAAAGUCAUCACAACUGGGGAGAAUACAAGAAAGCUUUCUGUCACACAGACACAUUUGUUCAGGACCAGAAAAUCCUCACCAAAGAACGGCUUUUUGAGUGCAGCAAAUGUGGAAAAGCCUGCACUCGAAGAUGUAACCUCAUUCAACACCAGAAAGUCCACAGUGAAGACAGGCCUUAUGAAUGCCAUGAAUGUGGAAAAUUAUUUACCUACUACUCCAGUUUCAUUAUACAUCAAAGAGUUCACACUGGAGAAAGGCCAUAUGGGUGCCCUGAAUGUGGGAAAUCUUUUAGUCAGAUCUACAGCCUUAAUAGCCAUAGGAAAGUUCACACUGGAGAAAGGCCUUAUGAAUGCAGCGAAUGUGGGAAAUCUUUCAGCCAAAGGUCCAAUCUCAUUCAACAUCAGAGAGUUCACACUGGAGAAAGGCCUUAUGAAUGCAGUGACUGUGGGAAAUCUUUCAGCCAAAACUUCAGCCUGAUUUACCACCAGAGAGUUCACACUGGAGAAAGGCCUCAUGAGUGCAGUGAAUGUGGAAAAUGCUUUAGCCGAAGUUCCAGCCUCAUACACCACCGGAGACUUCACACUGGAGAAAGGCCAUAUGAAUGCAGUAAAUGUGGGAAAUCAUUUAAGCAAAGCUCCAGUUUUAGUUCACAUCGGAAAGUGCACACAGGGGAACGGCCUUAUGUGUGUGGGGAAUGUGGGAAAUCUUUUAGCCAUAGCUCCAACCUUAAGAACCACCAGAGAGUUCAUACUGGAGAAAGGCCUGUUGCAUGCAGUGAAUGUGGGAAAUCUUUUAGCUGUAAAUCUAACCUCAUUAAACACCUGAGAGUUCACACUGGAGAAAGGCCUUAUGAAUGCAGCGAAUGUGGGAAAUGCUUUAGCCAAAGUUCUAGCCUCAUUCAACACUGGAGAGUUCACACUGGAAAAAGGCCUUAUCAGUGUAGUAAAUGUGGGAAAUCUUUUGGCUGCAAAUCUGUCCUCACUCAACACCAGAGAGUUCACCCUGGAGAAAAGUCUUAGCUAUGCAGGGAAUGCAGUUUUCUUUUAGUGUAAUUAUAAUGGAGGGGAACACUUGUGAGAGAGCCAUCUAUAUGAAUUGAAGCCCCAACCUGUGAAGUUACAUGGUGGGAGAUUUCCCCCUAUGUUCUAAGUAUGUGGAAACUUUAAGGAGCUGUGUUAUACUUUCUAACCUGCCAUUUCUGGCCCUUGCCAGUUAUGUCACUGACACUUUCUGAGGCAGAAGCCAUAUUACCUCUUUCUUUGCCAGGCACACAGAGUAUGCAUGAUUUGCUACCCUAGUCUGCUCAGGGAAGCAGACCUCUGCAUUCUUAUUUGCUGGAGGAAGUCAUGAGUAGGCUAAGCCCUUAGGGGGUCCCCAUUCCCUUGCCUUUGACAAGUUAUGGUACAGACUUAGCCCAAUUUUGUACUAGAGAACCUGAUAAGAGUUUUGUUGGCAGCUUGCCAAGAAGCACUAACCUUUUGGGGGAACAUGUUGGUUUCAUUGGAUUUUUUCCAGUCUCUAAUUCACCUACUCGGAAACUUCUUGCCUCAUAUUGCUUUGAUUUUUUUGCAAUAAUAAUAAAGGCUUUAUUAUUUAAACAACUUUUAAUCUUGGGGUUGAUUCACUAUAUGAAGUGGUUUGAAAACAGAAAUGGAAUCUGCAAGAUUAUUAUUAUAGUGUAAGCACCAUAAUAUGUGUAUGUAUGGGGAGUCCUUAUUUGUGUGCCUCAAAGACCUAGUAUGAUGGAAGAAUAUUGUUCUCUUUUCAGUUUUGGCCUAAUUUGAAUUGUUUCUCAAGGCCACCCUAGGAAAGACUUCAGGGCUCUAUGGUCCUAAUUUGUAGACUGGAUACUAGGAUUUUUUGUAUGUUAAGAGGACACCCUGAGGAGGCAAGGAAUUGUGACAACCUUCAUUGCUUAUGAAUUGUUUGUUGUUCACUGGGAAUAUCACAGAAUGCCCAGUCCUGUUUGAGAGCAGUGUGUACCCUAGGUUCUGUGAAGCCAAGUGCCACCGUGCCCAUAAUUUAGUAGUCUAGUAUCACUGUAAAAUUUCAGGGGUUGCAUAAUUUGUACAGAAACACUGAAUGUCGAGGAGACUGUAGCAAACUAGAUGGAUUGUGCUCCUUGUAAAAUGUUCUAGUGAUUGUACAGGAACAAUAUGUUUAGAAACUUUCAAGAUCUCCAGGCAUGUGUAUUUUUUAUAGCUGAGACCAUUGUCAGAAAAACGAGCUAAAGAUUUUGUGUUUCAGUCGCUUUUCUGGGAUAUUCACCUCAAGGCCAUUGCUGCACAUGCCUGGAAAACAAACAAAAAGAAGGGACGUUCCUUCUCCCAAGGACAUGGCUCUGUGACCCACCAUCAUCCUGUGUGGAAAUGAACUUCAUGGUUCAACAAUAUUUGCUGCCAUUGAAGGAAAGUUACCCUUCCCAGCUCCUCAGGAAAGAUACUGAGUUAAUACAGGCUUAUCAAACCAAGUAAUAAACUUAUUAAACCAUCAUUGUAAUUAUCACAAUUAACAUAUUGGUCACACCUAAUUUGCCUCAUGUGCUUUUCUAGUCUUUUCCUCCCCUCCCUGACCCUCAAGGCAACCAUUGAUUUACCUUCAUUAGAUUAGUUUGUAUUUUCCAAAAUUUUAUAUAAUUUGAUUUAUAAAAUGCUUUUUUUUAAAUUCGUGACAUAAUUAUUUUAACAUUCUUUAGUGGUAUUUGU